UGUAGACUGUAGUGUAGUACUGACAACCGUGCGGUGUGCGUACUCUUGUCGUGAUUCGCUGUACGUGAUAUAAUAUUUGUAAUAUAUAUAUAUAUAUAUAUUACACAUAGUAAUUAGUAAUAACCUAAGUGGCCACCACCACUAGCAGCAGCAGGUUCGGUUCUCGUACUAGCAAACCUCAAAACCCAAAUUCGACUCGCUCCGUCAAGCGGAUAUUGUUGUUACUUGUUACACUGAUGACAAAACAACUCGAGUUCACGCCGUAAAAUAUUAUACUGUUCAAAUCACAAAUGUACAUCGUCCGCAGUGAUAGUGGUACGCUGUGCAGCUGGUGCUCGCUAUGUCAGCACACAUUUAUAUUAUAGUAUUGGCGUUCAAUAGGAUUCCUACUUGAAUUUUAAUAAAAAGAACUUCAACUUGAUCUUGCUCCGUGCGAGAGGCUAUAACAAAUAUGAAAGAUUCGAGACCAAAUUUGAAUGUUAUCAAUUUCCUCAGUCAUGUGACCAAUGUUGAACAUUAAGCCUUGCCGUACCAGGCCGGGGUUAGGCCAGCGUCAUGGCUGCCUGCACGGUAUCUUUACUACUUUGGACUUUAGUUACGCUACAACAAUCCGCUGGUCAAGAUUACUCGUCCCAAUGGGCAGCUCACAUAGAAGGUGGAUUAGAAGUAGCCAAAAGAAUAUCGGAAAGACAUGGAUUUGCUUUGCUCGGAGAGAUAUUUCCAGAUUAUUAUCAUUUAGAACACAGCCAUGUAUCAAAGCGAUCAGCUAGCCCAGGCCAUGAACACCACAAAAGACUUACUUCCGAACAAAACGUGAAAUGGGCUGAACAACAAAAAAUAUUAACUAGAUCAAAAAGAGAUUUAUUAGGAUUUACUAAAAAUAGCCGAAGUUCAAAAAAAUUUUCAAUUAAAACUGGAUUUAAUGAUCCUAAAUGGCCUACUAUGUGGUACUUGAAUCGUGGCGGAGGUGCUGAUAUGAAUGUUCAAGGUGCUUGGGAAGAAGGGAUAACUGGCAAAGGUAUAGUUGUAACAAUAUUGGAUGAUGGCUUAGAAAAAGACCAUCCAGACCUUAUGAAAAACUAUGAUCCUCAAGCAAGCUACGAUAUGAAUGGUAGAGACGAUGACCCGAUGCCCAGAUACGAUCAAAUGGACACAAAUCGUCACGGAACUAGAUGUGCAGGGGAAGUGGCUGCAGUGGCCAAUAAUUCUUUAUGCUCUAUUGGUAUAGCUUUUGGGGCUAGUAUUGGUGGUGUACGAAUGUUGGACGGAGAUGUAACAGAUGCCAUUGAAGCUCGUUCGCUUAGCUUGAAUCCCCAACACAUCCAUGUGUACAGUGCUUCGUGGGGUCCCGAUGAUGACGGAAAAACUGUGGAUGGCCCUGGUGAAUUAGCUACUCGCGCUUUCAUAGAAGGCAUAUCAAAAGGUCGAGAUGGUAGAGGAUCAAUUUUCGUUUGGGCUUCUGGAAAUGGUGGCCGAGAACAUGACAAUUGCAAUUGCGAUGGCUACACAAAUGCUAUAUGGACGUUAAGUAUCAGUAGCGCAACACAAAGUGGUCAUGUUCCGUGGUAUUCAGAAGCUUGUAGUUCGACUUUGGCUACAACGUAUAGCAGUGGAAACAAUUUCGAAAAUCAAAUUAUCACGACAGAUCUCCAUCAUGAUUGUACGAGUAAUCAUACUGGUACAUCUGCGUCGGCUCCCUUAGCUGCAGGAAUAGUUGCUUUGGUCUUAGAAGCUAAUAAUAAAUUGACAUGGCGAGAUAUGCAACACAUUGUUGUAGCUACGUCAAAGCCUACACAUUUGCUGUCUACAGAUUGGGUUCUUAAUGGAGUUGGCCGCCGAGUUAGUCAUUCUUUUGGGUAUGGUCUUAUGGACGCAACUGAAAUGGUAAGAUUAGCACGUCGGUGGAAAACUGUCCCAGCUCAACACGUUUGCAAUGUAACUGCCCAAGUUUUCGAUAAACCAGUACCCGCUCGUAGCUCAGUUACUAUACAACUUUUAGUGAAAGAGUGCAAUAGUGUUAACUUUUUAGAACAUGUACAAGCAAGAAUUACACUGUCUGCUAAUCGCCGAGGUGAUAUUAAAAUCGAUUUAACAUCUCCCAGUGGUACAAGAUCAACACUGCUCGCCCCUCGAGCUCACGAUAAUUCUCAUGCUGGCUUCCACGUUUGGCCAUUUAUGACUGUGCACAUGUGGGGAGAACGUCCAUUUGGAGUGUGGCAGUUGACUGUUCACAAUGAAGGCAAACUAUUAGGUCGAUCAUCUUUACACGAAUGGUGUUUGAUAUUAUAUGGUACUAAAUAUGCUCCACGGACUCUAAUUCCAUCCAUCUAUCCUAUUGAACCGCUAUCUAAACCAAACCUUAGAAGGAAUUCUAAAAAUUCAAAAAAGAGUAAACUGACAAAACAGUCUACUACUCCAAUCAGUGUCAAUACUUUAGUUAAACAAGGUGUAUCUAACAAUAAACCCAAUGUUCAUUUUGUCCUAUUUCCUAUUCAAAAUUCGUCUAAAUUAUCGCCAACACUCACAGACAUUGUGCAAACAUAUCCAAGCAGCCAUAGACUCUACAGUUUACAAAAUGUGGACGGUAGGUCGGCAAAAAAAUUGUCACCUGAACAAAACAUAUCACCUACGACCACAGCUUCUAUGACCGACUGGGAAAUGGUUUUUUAUGGAACAAUUCUACCACCAGACCCGAGCAAUUUGCCUCUCAAUAAAACACAAGACAACUUCAAAUCUGGAGAAUGCCGUGUGACUACUUCUGCAUGCUUAGAAUGUUCAAAAGGAUAUCACUUGUACAACGGUAAAUGUUCUAUUCUCUGUCCGCUGAGAACCUACAAAGAAAGACACGACCUGUGUAAUGACUGUCAUUAUACAUGUUAUCAAUGCAUUGGACCAAAUGAUUACCAGUGUACAAAAUGCUGGGGGGACGCAGAGUUAACUCACACUAUGGGACAAACAUAUUGCUAUCCGAAGAACAUAAAAAGACUAUUGGACGACCGGACAUGGCAUACUAUAGCAACUGUGUUAUUAAUUUGUAAUGUAUUUUUGCUGCUCAUAUUUUGCAAAUAUCGAUUUUGGACGAGUCAAAACAAUACAAGGGAUAACAGAGAAUACAGAUUGGCCAAUCAAAUAGAAGGCGAUGACUAAUGAGUAUAAUCUUAAAAAAACACAAAUUAUUCAAAUUUAUUACUUCUAUUAAUUUUAUUAAAAAACAAAUUGUAUUAAAACAUUUUUAUUUCUUAUUAUGUUAAUUAGGUAUAGGGUCCUAGGUACACAAUGAAUGUAUUUGCCAAAGAUAUGUUAACAGUAUAAAAUGUAUUGGCUCAAUAAAAACUAUUACAAAUUUAAAUUAGUUGGUUGUAAAAAAGUUGUUAAUUAUUAUUAUUAUUUUUUUUUUUAUAAAAUUAU